CGGUGUCGGAGGAGUACCGCGUGACAGUGAAGGAGAGUUACUGUGUUCUAGAGGAGCUGGAGCCUGACAAGGUGUAUAAAGUGUGGGUGAUGGCUGUCAACUACACUGGCUGCUCCCUGCCCAGUGAGAGACUACCCUUCAGAACUGGUGAGUCUAGUCGGUAAAGCAGAAGCGUUGUCUGAGGUAAUUCUGUGGUCAUAUGGACCAAUGCAUGGUUCUCUUGAAGUGAUUUAUUGAUUCAUUGAUUAAUUGGUUGACAGCCCCAUCGGUGCCAGUGAUUGAUACGGGGCGGUGUACGAUACUGUGGGACUCGGCCACGUUGCGUUGGAGUGCGGACAACCAAACACCCACACAGAGUUACACCCUGGAGUACUGCAGACAGUACGCCCUUGAGGGAGAAGGGCUUAGGUGGGUCUCACACAGGCACAAUCGCAUGGCAUGCACACCCCACACACACACACACACACACACACACACAACGAACUACACCUAUAUCCUCCAUCACCUCAAGCAUACACACAAAAAUGCCACUGAAAACGAGAUUUGUGUCUUGGAGGCGUGGUUUGAUGUGGGUGUUUCCAAGUUGCCAAGAGUAAAUUAACUUUGGCAGUGUGGAAUAAUUAAUACAUUUUACAGACGACCUACACCCGGUUGUUACGACAGUUUUCAGAAAAAAAAUGUUUGUGUAAAUUCUUGCCAUUAACAGUAACAGUUACUAUCUUUCUUGAUAACAUGAAAACAGUCUAACCAGCUCUGUUAGGGUGAGUGAAAUAGAUGCCACAUAGGCCAUUUUCAACCGGAAAAGUUCUUUUUUCGUGACAGCUCUUCUUUAAUGACGGUUUCCAUUUACAAACUGCUAUCAUGUCGUCAUUCAAAGAUCAUGUCAAGCAAUCAUAUAAUAAUAAUAAUAUGCCAUUUAGCAGACGCUUUUAUCCAAAGCGACUUACAGUCAUGUGUGCAUAAAUUUUUACGUAUGGGUGGUCCUGGGGAUCGAACCCACUACCCUGGCGUUACAAGCGCCAUGCUCUACCAAUUGAGCUACAGAGGACCUCAAUCAUUAUCCCUCUUGUGUGUGUGGUGGGUGCAUGGAUGUGUGUAGGUCUAUCUCAGGUAUCCAGGGCAGACAACAGAGGGUACUACUGCAUCCCAAUGAGAACUACCUGUUCUACAUCAAAGCUGUCAACAAGGCUGGAGCCAGCGAACAAAGGGAGGCUGCUCUCAUAUCUACCAGGGGUGAGAGUGAGACACGCACACAUACACAAACACAUACACAUACACAUACACAUACACACACACACACACACACACACACACACACACACACACACACACACACACACACACACACACACACACACACACACACACACACACACACACAUUGACCUCUGUACUCUGUAUCCAGGAACUAGGUUCCACCUGUUGAAGGCUUCGGCUCACCCUGUCCUGAAACUGUCCGAGGACCAGACCACCCUGUACUACCCCCAGGACACAUACACAGAGAGAGAGGAUGUGGCUAACGAGUGAGUUUUGUCUUGCUCAGGUAUCUUCUGUGUGUGUAUGUGCGUGUGAUGUGUGUGCUGCUCAGUAAUAUAAUGUUCGAUGCACAUUUUUUAUGCUUUAACUUGGCUGAUAUCUUCCCAGGUCUCUGGAUAAAUGAGAUGGUAAUAUGGUACGGUGUGUUGUGUUUUACCCCUAGAUGUCCAUCUGUCCUGGGUGAGUUGUUACCCAUGAGGGGGCAUCACUACUGGGAGACCAAUGUUACCAGAAGUCCUGCAUACCGGGUGGGAGUGGCAUAUGAGACAACCAAUAGGGACAGCCUACUGGGGGAGAACAGCACCUCC